CGCGCGGCCGACUCACGGGACAUGUACGGCAGUGCCAGAGCUGUAGGUCACUUAGAGAGCAGCCCCGCACGCUCCCCGCGCCUGCCUCGGUCCCCCAGACUGGGCCAUCGGAGGGCCAACAGCGGGGGCGGGAGCGGUGCGGGGGGCAAGACGCUCUCCAUGGAGAACAUUCAGUCUCUCAACGCUGCCUACGCCACUUCGGGGCCCAUGUACCUGAGCGACCACGAGGGCGUGGGCUCCACGGCCACGUACCCCAAGGGCACCACCACUCUGGGUCGGGCCACCAGCCGGGCCAUGUACGGGGGCCGCGUCACAGCCAUGGGCAGUAGUCCCAACAUCGCUUCAGUGGGACUGCCCCAUGCUGACCUUCUGUCUUACAGUGACCUGGGCUCCAUCUCCAUGCUGCACGCCCACCACCACCAUCACCACCAGGGGGUGCCCUCCGCCCUGCUGAGGCAGGCGGUGCGGAGCAGUGGGGGGGAACUGCUGGAGAUGCAGGCCCAGUUCAGGGAUAUGCAGAGGGAGAACGAGAUGCUGCGCAGGGAGCUGGACCUGAAGGACAGUAAGCUGGGCUCGUCCACCAACAGCAUCAAGAGCUUCUGGAGCCCGGAGCUGAAGAAGGAGCGCAUCAUGAGGAAGGAGGAGGCGGCGCGCACGUCUAUCCUGAAGGAGCAGAUGAGAGUCACUCAUGAGGAGAACCAGCUGCUGGAUGCCAGGAGAACAAAGCAUCUCCAGAUGACCAUCCAGGCUCUCCAGGACGAGCUGCGCACGCAACGCGACCUCAACCACUUGCUGCAGCAGGAGAGCGGCAACCGCUCGGGCGCCGAGCACUUCACCACCAUCGAGCUGACCGAGGAGAACUUCCGCCGGCUGCAGGCCGAGCACGACCGGCAGGCCAAGGAGCUCUUCCUGCUGAGGAAAACCCUGGAGGAGAUGGAACUGAGGAUCGAGACGCAGAAGCAGACGUUGGGAGCCAGAGACGAGUCCAUAAAGAAGCUGCUGGAAAUGCUGCAGAGUAAAGGGCUGCCCUCGGGGCCCGGCAGGGUGUCUGACGAGGAGGAGCAGGAGAGGAACAGGCGCAUUGCUGAGGCUGAGGCUCAGCUGGGACACUUGGAGGUCAUUCUAGACCAGAAGGAGAAGGAAAACAUUCAUCUGCGAGAGGAGCUCCACCGAAGAAAUCAGCUGCACCAGGAUCCGAGCAAAACCAAGGCCCUGCAAACCAUCAUAGAGAUGAAAGACACCAAAAUUGCAUCACUGGAGCGCAACAUUCGCGACCUGGAGGAUGAAAUCCAAAUGUUGAAAGCAAACGGCUUGCUGAACACGGAGGACCGUGAGGAGGAGAUCAAGCAGAUGGAGGUCUACAAGAAUCACUCCAAGUUUAUGAAGACCAAGAUUGACCAACUCAAGCAGGAGUUGUCCAAGAAGGAGUCGGAACUGCUGGCUCUGCAGACAAAGUUGGAGACCCUCAACAACCAGAACUCGGACUGCAAACAGCACAUUGAAGUGCUCAAAGAGUCUCUCACUGCCAAAGAGCAACGGGCGGCCAUCUUGCAAACAGAGGUGGAUGCUCUACGUCUGCGUUUGGAGGAGAAAGAGUCCUUCCUCAACAAGAAAACCAAGCAACUGCAGGACUUGACGGAAGAGAAAGGCACCCUUGCUGGCGAAAUCAGGGAUAUGAAGGACAUGCUGGAGGUCAAAGAAAGAAAAAUCAAUGUGCUACAGAAAAAGAUUGAAAACUUGCAGGAGCAACUGCGGGACAAAGACAAACAGCUAAGCAACUUGAAGGACCGGGUCAAGUCUCUGCAGACCGACUCCACCAACACCGACACUGCCCUGGCCACUCUGGAGGAGGCGCUGUCAGAGAAGGAGAGAAUCAUAGAGCGUCUGAAGGACCAGCGAGAGCGAGAAGAUAGAGAACGUCUGGAGGAAGUAGAUGCCUACAAGAAGGAGAACAAGGAUCUGAAGGAGAAAGUCAACAGCCUGCAGAUAGAAUUAACCGAAAAAGAGUCCAGCCUCAUCGAUCUCAAAGAGCACGCAUCUUCACUGGCGUCUUCCGGCCUCAAGAAGGAUUCCAAGCUCAAAUCCCUGGAGAUCGCCAUCGAGCAGAAAAAAGAAGAGUGCAGUAAGUUGGAGACGCAAUUACAGAAGAAAGCCCACGAAGUGGAGCAUCAGUCGGGCUCGAGAGGGAACCCGGAGUAUGUGGACCGAGUGAAGCUGUUGGAGAAGGAGAUGGGCUACUAUAAGGAUGAAGCCAACAAGGCUCAGACGGAGGUGGAGAGGCUCCUGGACAUUCUGCGGGAGGUGGAGACUGAGAAGAAUGAUAAAGAUAAGAAGAUUGCAGAGUUGGAAAGCCCCCCUCACACCGCCCCUCGGCCCACCCCCCGUCUUAGCGGCAGAGCCCCCUCUGAGCCGCUCCCCUCUGUGUCCGCCGCCCCUCAGCAGAUAGGGGGCAUGGUGUGGGACUUCCUGGGAAAUUUAGCGCCCAGACAAGGAGGCAAAGACCCGACCAAGAAAGGCUCAAACAUCAAACUGGGACCCCAAGGGGACAAGAAAGGCUUGGGACAGGAUGGCCGUAAGGACAGCUCCUUGGAAGGCGGCCAUCACUCAAAGCUGGAGGACCUGAUGAACACACUUGAGAGGACGAGGCAAGAACUGGAUUCCACCAAGCAGCGUCUCUCGUCCACUCAGCAGUCACUGCAGGAGCGGGACAGCCACCUCACCAACAUGAGGCAAGAGCGCAGGAAACAACUGGAGGAGAUUCUGGAGAUGAAACAACAAGCUCUGCUGGCUGCGAUUAGUGAGAAAGACGCUAAUAUCGCCCUGCUGGAACUGUCUGCCUCCAACAAGAAGAAGACCCAAGAGGAGGUGAUGUCCCUGAAGCGGGAGCGGGACAAACUGAUGCACCAGCUCAAACAGCACACCCAAAGCAGAAUGAAACUGAUUGCAGACAACUACGAAGACGAACAAUAUCAUCCGCACCACCCGCAGCCCCAGGCCCCGCACCCUCCGCAGCAAGCUCAGAGCCAGUACGCCCACCUCCCCCACGGCCAGCAGGUCCCGUACGGGCACGUCCCUCACAUGCAACACCCGCAGGCCGCCCCGCAGCACCCGCAGCAGCUGCAGUACCCUCACUCUCAACAUCCACAGCAGCACCCGCAGCAGCACCCUCAGCCGCCCCCCCAGCACUCACAGCACCCGCGCCCCCCGCAGCCCCAACAUCCGCACGUCCAGCACCCGCCGCAGCAGCAUCCGCAUGGACAUCUCCCGCCGCAUGCCCAGCACCCGCACGGCCCUCUCCAACAGGGGCCCCACCCUCAGCACCCUCAGCACCCUCAGCACCCCCAUCCUCAGCAUCCUCAGCAUCCUCAGCAUCCUCAACAUCCUCAGCACCCUCAGCACUCUCAGCAUCCUCAGCCCCAACACCACGGGCAGCAUCCACGCCACCCGUCGCCGCAUCAUCGCGGAGGUCCGGGCAGAGGACCCCCACAUGCUGGCCACCGCCCUUCCCCGGACCAGGAUGAUGAGGAAGGCAUAUGGGCAUAAUCAUCGCUAUGACAACCAAAGUUCAAAAGUUGUUUUGAAGGAUGACUCAGCCACUACUGGGGGAAAAGCAGCCAGAAGAUGAUGUUGAAAUUUGAUGACACUGACAAAACUUUUUUUUUUUACCUUACUCAGCUAGGAGACCUUUUGUUUUUUUUUUGGGGGGGAGGAACGGGGUUCCCCGAGAUGCGCAAGUCAGGCGUUGGGAAACUGACAGUCGAGCGGGUGACCUUGGAGCAGAUCUUCUCAGCAUGGAACGGCUAAAUAGAGACCCCACACCUCCUCUUCCUCACUAUCUUCACUUCAUUCACCCCAUGCUGAACAUGGGACCUCCUCAGGAUCUUGCAAGACUGAUCUCCACCUACUCCGAGAUCCUUAUUCUUCCAUCCUUACUUCCUUCUCAUGAUUGCUUCAAGGUCAUGGCUGCCAUUGCUGUCUGCUUCCCUCAAGCCUGACUGACGGGCCACCGUCGUCACUGCCCCGCCCCCAAAUCAUGACAUCAUAGCGACCAUGAGCCCUAAAUAUCUGAGAUAACACACAAACGGACCUCUUUUGUACCUUUUUAGUGGUGUCACCUUCUUCGAGGAGCUGAUAGUCAACGUGCCGUGUUCCAAUUAACAAUAGAUCGUGCCACCCGUGGAGACUUAAUGUGAUCAUUUUUGGAAGAGGUGCCUUGAAACGAACAUAAGGGUCCUCCGGCUCGUUUUUGCUUGAUUUUGCCAUCAUCUUCAUAUUACCUCAUUUCAAUCCAACAAAGUGGGGGAGAAGAAAAAAAAACAAUCAAUCUAUGCAGACGUCAGUGUUGCAUGAAUUAAUUUCACUCACCAUCUGUAUUCAAAGUGUCAAAGCAGACAAAAAAAAAGUGAGAUUACGAAAGAGACUAUGCACCUACGCACCUCUUGUUUUUGCAGGAUAUUUUUGUUUAUUUUCAACUCAUGGUGCUCCUGCUGCAGGUGCUCGAUAUAAAUGGUGUCAGUGAGUCAAGGGAUUUGCUUCUUCUACCGCUGAGUCAUCAACAACUUUGUACAUAUGUCACAAGGGGCACUUUGCGAUCAAUUGAAGAACCCCAAAGAGGAUGAAAAACUAUAAAUACAACAAUUAGGAAGAGUUGUCCUGUAGUAGAUGUUUUUCCUGAAAAUUCCAGCCACCAAUACUCCUCGAACCCGUCCGUCUCUUCCACAUCUCCUAAACGUAGCGACCUAGCUGUCCCUCUCAACAAGGUGGCCUCCUUCAAAAAAAUGUACACAUACAGUAUAUGAUAGAUAUGCAUAUAUUAUACAUAGAGAGAAUCUAUAGAGUGUGUCUAUAUGUGGUCAGAAAAUGACAAGAUUAAAAAAAAAGGUUUUCUUUUUUUACCGAAAUGGAUGGGAGAGGGUGAGAAGUGUAUUAUAAGUGUUUUUUGUAUAUCUAGAGAAAAAUCCUGAGUGGAGAAAUGAACAUUCCCUGUCUGAAAAUACAAACAGUGCAAAAAAAAAAAAAAAAAGAAAAAGGAGGAGAGCAGAAAUGCUCAUUUGUUUAAAUCUUUGUAGAAAAGAAUUUCACAUUCCUUUGACCUGUUUUACAUUCCUGUCUUUGUGCGGAGGUUUUCAAAGUGUGAGCCAGAGGACUGCUUGGGAAGAAAAAUAAAACAAUCUAUUUUUAAAGCUGUGAAGACAAUUUAAGCAUGUUGGAGAUUUUUUUUUUUUUUUGGACAUGAAGUGAGUAGAGACUGUAUGUUCAACUAUGUUUCCAACUUUUUCCACAUGUCAAUUUCUGCAAGAAAAAUGCUGUGACAACUUUUAGGCUUAAUUGUAGAUCUUUUUUUAUUUUAUUUUAUUAUUUUGUAUUAUUAUAUUUUAUUUUUUUUAGGGGAGGCUCACUGUUGCACACUUUGAAAACCUCAUGCUUUCACACUCAGUUGGCUUGUGGCGACAAAUCAAAUCAAGAGGAGAAAAAAAGAAGACGAGAGAGAGGGAGCACUUGUGUCCGGAUCUGCAUUUUCUUUCUCGUGACUUUUCUUAUUUGGUCGUCUCGUAAACGCAAGUGGUGACAUGUUGUUACUGAAUUAGACUGUUACUGAACUCCAUUUCUCCCUCCCUGCCCAUGGUGUCCUCCUCUCUAUUGGCCAAGUGUUGGUUGGUACUAUAUAUGUAUAAAUAUAAAUGUAUUUUUCCAAUCUUCCACAAUUAAGACGUCAUCUGCUUCCUACGUGAAGCUUCCAUCGUCUGUCACUGACCAAAAAAAAUCUCCAAAUUGUGUUUAUGUUUACAACUAAAAGACAAAUAUAAUCAUAAGUUUGUGUUUUAUAGGGGGAAGACAAUGCAGACAGAGGAGCAAAAAAAAAAAGAAAGAAAAAUCAAUCAAUAAAUGAAAUCCUCUGACUUUACCGUCGGGAGGACAGAGUAUCCUCUCUUUUCAGGUCCUUAUCCACUGAAUACUUGAAGUAGGGGGUUCUCCUACCGUGAAAUAUAUUAUUUGCAUUUCAAAUGUGCCCAUUUGUGCUGAUUUAUUUAUUUAUUUAUGUAUUUAUUCAUUUAUUUUUAACAUUACGUGCCAAUGGGAGUGUUGAUGGAAGGAAGGAUGCAGCCAGAUGCCUCCAGAAAUGCAGAGCCUAAAAAGAGUUUCACUUUGUUGCUGUUGUUGUUGUUUUUUACUUUAAAAAAAGAACAUUUAUCGAACAAAUCACUGUGACCAAUGCCAGAAACAUUUUAUUUAUUUAUUUAUUUAUUUGCAUUUAGUUCGCUUUUUUUUCUCUCUAUGAUUUCCACUGGUCACCGAUGCCAGUUGGAGGCUGUACUAUUUGUAAAAGUCAAUGUUGUUGAGCUGUACAGUGCCGACCUAUAGGAGCAAGUUUAAUGUGAGUGUCCAGCAUGCUGAAUGAUUCCUCGUGUGAGCGUGGAGCGUCAUUCCUCACUCUUGCAUCGUGGCGGUGUGAUGUCGGUGUUUGAGAGUAAUGUACGUCUCACUGUGUUAAAAACUCCGACUCCCUUCCUCAGUAGCCAGCCUGUUCAGUUUUGUGAGAGUGCAGCAUGUUUUUAAGAUUGCUGGUGUAAACGUUACUCAGAAAAAGAACGCGUGGGUGAAUGCGUGGCCUUUUAUGAUUUGUACGGCAACGAGCGUGGGUGCAAGUGCGUGUGCUUAAAAUACUACAUAAGAGGAAAAGUCAUGUAAAACAAUUUAUUAAAGGAGGAACCUAUAAAAGAAAAGUGAAGCAUGGAUCCUCUGUGGUGUUCCCUGUUUUUAAAGCUAGGAGGACUGCUGUCGUCCUCUGUGCCCUGGUUUGCUAUUGUAUGUGCUGUAACCGAAUAUUACUAUUGAGUGUUGGCCAGCUUGUUUAUAUUCAUCAAAUAAAAGUGACUUUCUUUCUGUCAACGCACUUCAUUAAAUCCUUAA